GGCGAUGAAACUCUACAGAAAUCUAAAAGGAUCUUUUCAAGAUAUUUCAAUGUCACUCAGAGAUUGGAGUUCAAAUUCUAAGGAAUUUAUGAAGAAAGUCUCUGAUACAUGUAAAGAAGAUAAAGUAAAGGUACUUGGCUUAGAAUGGGACAUCAAAAAGGAUACUCUUCAGUUGAAACCUAACUUACAAGAAGAAGCUGUCACAAAGAGAGGAAUACUGAAGACUAUCGCAUCAAUCUACGAUCCAUGUGGUUAUGCAGUACCCUAUACCCUAUCAUCUAAACUAUUUUUACAAGAGCUUUGGAAAGCUGGAGUGUCAUGGGACUCACCAUUAUCGAGCGAACUAACGGAAGAAUGGAACAAGAUCCGACAGAAUUUAGAAGCCAUUAGGAAGGUGUCGGUGGACAGAUGCUACAUGAAGACACCAGUGGGAAAAGGCUACCAACUACACUGUUUCACCGAUGCCUCUCUACAGGCUUAUGCAGCAUCAGUCUUUUUAGUCUGCGGCUCGGAGAAAAGCUUCAUUAUUGGUAAAUCUCGGCUGAUACCAAUAAAGGACCAGGAGAGUCUCAAGAUACCUCGUCUUGAACUUUUAGGAGUACUGAUUGGCAGUAGACUGAUAAAGUUCGUUCUUAAGUUUCUCCAGCAGAAGAUAGUAAGACAAGUCUUAUGGACUGACAGCCAGAUCGUCAUAGAAUGGUGCAAAUCUGACAAGCUAUUGCCACCCUUCGUUGCCAGGCGGAUAGAAGAGAUCAAAACAAAUAAAGAUCUGGAGAUCAGAUACCUUCCAACAGAGCUAAAUCCAGCUGACGUCGGCACCAGACCCACCUGCUCGAGAGAGGACAGGGAGAAAUGGCUGAGUGGUCCACAAUUUAUAGUUCAAGAUCCGAAGACGUGGCCAACAACUUCAGGCGGUGGACCAACCAGUUCUCUCUUGAUUGGGGAGGGUCUUGGGAUCCAAGAAGACGAAGAACUGAUGGAAAUAGUUGAUCCGGAUAUACACAACGUUAGUCCGAUGGAAACGGAGGACAGUAUAACUGAAAGGGAAGUAGCGAGUCAUGACAAUGAUCAAAUGCCAGAUAAGUUACUAAAAUUGAAAGAAAUUCAAGCUGAAUACUUUCCUCUAGAGGUAGAAGGAAAGGUAACUAGUUUAAGUUUGAAUUUAGGCAUAUUUAAAGACAUAGAUGAGUUACUAAGGUGUAAAGGUCGUAUGAAACACGCAGACUGGACAUUCGAUAAACGCUACCCUAUACUUAUACCAAAAGAUUCAGAUUUCACCAACGAAAUUAUAAUGAAGACUCAUCAAGAAAAUAAGCAUGUUGGAGUAAGUCACACGUUAGACAAGAUAAGGGAAACUUACUGGAUACCACAAGGAAGAAGCCAAGUUCAAAAGAUUUUGAAGAAGUGCUCCGAAUGUAUGAAGCAUGACGGAGGGCCAUAUAAACUACCAGAAACUCCUGCGUUACCGAAAGAGAGGGUCAAUUAUAGCUCACCAUUCACAUACGUUGGUACCGACUAUCUAGGACCACUUCUAAUCAACAAUGGGAAUGGCAAUUGUAAAAGGUGGAUUAGCCUCUACACAUGCUUAGCCGUAAGAGCCAUUCACUUAGAAAUUGUAAAGGACCUAACUGCGGAAGAAGGUUUAAUGGCCUUACGUAGAAUGAUUUCAAUAAGAGGUGUACCUACCUUAAUAACGUCUGAUAAUGCGGCUCACUACAAGUUACUCUCAGAGAUUCUUCAGAACCCAUACUGCGUAGAGAAAGAAAUAAGAUGGAAAUUUAUACCACAGUUAGCACCAUGGCAUGGAGGAUUCUAUGAGAGAUUAGUUGGUUUGGUUAAAAACUGUAUGAAGAAAACAUUACAGAAACAUUUGUUGAAUGACACUCAGCUAGUAACAGCGGUGAAAGAAAUAGAAGCAGUUCUUAACACAAGACCCUUAACUUACGUAGAUUCAGAGCCGGAUCAUGUACUAAAACCUUCAGACUUUCUUACCAUGGGAAAGUGUAUCAUUAUGGAAACUUCAGAUAAGGAUCCUACAACGUCGCAAGGGACGGUGACUAAGGACAAUUUAAUUAAAGGUUGGAAGAAAGCACGGAUAAUUCUACGAGAAUUUAAAGAGAUGUUUGAGAACAGGUAUCUCCUAAAUUUGAGAGAAAGAUAUUCCCACCAUCCUAAAGAACCUAGAGUAACAUCAAAGUUAGCACCUAAGAUAGGUCAAAUCGUGCAGAUUAAAGGUGACACGAAGAAUAGGAUAAAUUGGAAAGUUGGGAAAAUAGUAUCUUUAAAGGAAGGCGCCGACGGUUUAUGUAGGGUCGCCACGGUACGAGUAGGAGAUACAGAGUAUACAAGAUCCAUCGCACAUCUCUACCCGUUAGAGAUCGAAGAUGGAGAAGAACAGUGUAAACAAACAUCAUCUUAUGAAGAAAGUGUAGAAGAACCGGUGCAGAUUCCUGAUCUUCAACGUCCACCAGACAAGGAUGACGUGACGAUGGAAUCCCUCAAAGACGUUACUGAGCCUCCACCUGCGCAAAUAUCCACUCAAGAAGUAAGAGAUCAACCAGAAGAAGUACAGCCUCAUGCCUCGCCAGAAGAGGAACCGUGUUCCUCUAAACAAACAGUUGAGUCUAUAUCUAGUGAGUUAAACGAGCCUAAGCCUAAGUCUAUGUCCGAACCAGAACCACUCGCGGUCGUCGACCUCGAGUUUUACGACCACACUGUUCCCGAGUCACACCACCUAGAGGAAGUUGCGCCAGAAGAACAACACGACGAAGCAAGACCUAAAAGAGCGGCAGCUCUCAGAGCCCUUGAGAAGAUCAAGGAAUGGACCAGCAAUCUAGUCGCCGUGUUGCUGCCUGAGGCGGGGUGUGUCGUGACAAGCACGAAUAUCUAAUGUCACAAUACAAAAUUUCCUAGCGGCAACACUGAACAGCGCCCUCUGAGUGGAACUGUGAUCUCGGGGUCAAACAACCAGCCACCAUAAAGUAAAGCGAAGCAGACUGAGGCUCCUCUGGCCCAAGAGAAGUGGAUCAGAGAGAGCGAGGAUAAAGAAUCCUUCAUGGGAGAUGAAGG